AUGCGCCGUCAGUGGGGUCUAGUGGGAACUCAAAGAACACUGGAAAUCCAGAAAACCGAGCAUGUAUUCGAAGCCACGCAAAGCUCCGCCAACUCUUUUUCACUCUGUAUGAUGCAGCUUUGGCUUUUUGCAUUCCGGCACUUUAUCCAUCAACGGCGUCGCACAAAGAGUAACAGGCGCAAUUUUGGAUGGUCCACAGAGGACCACAGCUUGACAAAAUUAGCAAACCUGGCUGAUCGCUUGGGAUUCAAAUCAGAUGAGAUUACCACGCUGCUUCAGGAAGACAUGUACCAAAACAUUGCCAAAGGAUUGAUUGAAUCUCUAUGCAGAGAAGAUUUCUACAUUAUCCAAGAGAGUCGAGUACAAUUGUUGUCAAAUCAGAUGCGUAAAUUUUUGCGAAAUCUUCCAAGAUAUUCCGAAGAGGAUCUUGAGGCAGCGGAGUUCACAACGGAUGAUACUGAAAAACGGGCCAAGAACAGAUACAACAGCCCAGUGCAUGACCAGUACGAGCAUCAAAGAAAACAUCUUUUUUUGGAUCGAGUUCUUGGACAAGAUCAGCCAGCUGCACAAUAUCCGACUUCCCUUGGCGUAACAAGAGAGAUUCUGUGCUGCUUCUUUGGCCAUGAGAUCCAAACAAAGACAUCGAGUCAGCCAGGCAGAGCUCCGGAGACCUCUGCGUUCCAAGAUACUCUUGAACCUACGGGUGAUGAUAAUAUGACGAUGGAUGCUUCAGUUGCGGCAAGUCCUUCCAUAAACGAGAGCCUAAUCGGACAAAUGGAUGCGACGCUCGAGAACAGGCAAUCAGCACAGAUGGAUACAGAAGAGCCACUGCCAGAUCAGUCUUCCAGUCGGUAUUCCCGAAGUCCAAAUGUGCCUACCACACCAGUGGAUGAUCCAAGUGAGCCAGUCGAGAUUGAACCUUACCCAAGUGGAACACCAGAUGCUCCACCACUACUCGCCCCUGGCUUUGAAGUUCCGUCUUGUAAUUGCCUAAUGGAGACGAAGAACUACCUUUCUGUGCGGCGAAAGGUUCCUGAGAUUCUCAAGAUAUGGUUUCAGUCACAACGAGAGGUGAUCGUAAUCUUUCUUUUUGAAUCGCGGGCCUAUUUCAAAUUUAGCUUGGUAGGUGGAGUCAACCUGCGAUUGGUGUUACAAGACCUUUCUAGGGAGCACAUUUUCAUAGUCAUCAAUGAGUUCGGUAUUGAAAUGCCGGACAUAAACAAGACAUAUGAGGAGGCAUUGAAAGAGCGUUUGUUACUGGUUAGCAAAAGAGAUAACCCAGCUCAAGGGAAGAAUGAGGUUGGAAUGAUCUCAUUGGACAAACUGCGAGAGUAUGUCUUUAAAUAUGAUAUCCAUACGGGAAAGAGAAAGGCUACUUUAAACGAGGAACCCCGCAAGCGCCAUGCAGGAACAACAAAAGACCCUUCGGAAGAGAUCUGA